CUCUUUAAAUUGAGGAAAUUUGCUGGUUUCUAAAUGGCUUAAAUUUGUGAGGGACAUUUCCUGGCUUGCUUCUCUAUUUUAUAAACCAAAUCUGUUUUUAGUAACUUUCUUCAAACUGUCUCUUUCUCCUUCUACACAAAGAGCUCAACAUCAUGGGAAAUUUUGCUGCCAAUGAAGGACUAUCCAUUUUUGUCAUUCUGGUAUGGCUUGGCAUCAAUAUCUUUCUUUUUGUGCAUUUCUACAUGGCAUUUUUAGUUGACAGAUACUACUACACUAGAGUUAUCCUUGGGCAUGCUCUCUCAUGGGCCAGAGCUCCAGCUGCAUGUCUCAAUUUUAACUGCAUGCUGAUUCUGCUGCCCGUCUGCAGAAACCUGCUGUCAUUCCUGCGAGGAUCCAUACAGUGCUGUAGCCGCACCGCAGCUCGUCAGCUGGACAGAAACAUCACUUUCCACAAACUUGUAGCCUACAUGAUUGCUUUCCACACAGCGAUCCACAUCAUAGCUCACCUGUUUAACUUUGAGAGAUUCAUGGAUUCCCAGCUCAUGGUCAACAGUAGCCACCUGCCGUACGUGCUCUCUCAGAUUGGUAACAGUGGCAACACAUCCUACCUGAACCCCAUCAGAACCAAUGAGACGAACCCAACGAUAGUGAUGUUCACAACAAUAGCAGGACUGACGGGGGUGGUCAUCACCCUUGCCCUUAUCCUCAUCAUCACCUCCUCUAUGGAGGUCAUCAGAAGGUCAUACUUCGAGGUGUUCUGGUUUACUCACCACCUGUUCAUCGUAUUUUUCAUUGGUUUGGUGCUGCAUGGAGUCGGGCGUAUUGUGCGAGGCCAAACGCUUGAGAGUAUGAAUGUGCACGACCCAAUAAAAUGUCAGAGCCACUUUGAUACCUGGGGUGAGAAAGGCACACACUGUCCUGAACCGGAAUUUGCUGGGAACCCUCCAAUGACAUGGAAGUGGGUAGUUGGCCCCAUGUUUCUGUAUGUCUGCGAGAGACUGGUGCGAUUCUACCGCUCACAGCAGAAGGUGGUCAUUACCAAGGUUGUCACGCACCCUUCCAAGACUCUUGAGCUGCAGAUGAAGAAGAAGGGCUUUAAAAUGGAGGUCGGUCAGUAUGUGUUCAUCCAGUGCCCGUCUAUCUCUCAGUUAGAGUGGCAUCCCUUCACCCUGACCUCUGCCCCCGAGGAGGACCACUUUAGCGUGCACAUCCGUAUCGCAGGGGAUUGGACGGAAGCCCUCUACACGGCCUGUGGAGCUGACAAGACCGCGGUGCUGGAUGCUUGGACCCUUCCGAAGAUGGCGGUGGAUGGGCCGUUUGGGACGGCCAGUGAAGACGUGUUUCGUUAUGAGGUUGUGAUGCUGAUUGGAGCCGGUAUUGGAGUGACACCUUUUGCCUCUGUUUUAAAGUCUGUGUGGUACAAACAUGUCCAAGAGAACAAAAAUGUCUUCACUAAAAAGAUCUAUUUCUAUUGGCUGUGUCCUGAGACUCAGGCAUUCGAGUGGUUUGCAGACCUGCUGCAGAGUUUGGAAAGAGAGAUGACAGAGAAAGACAUGAGUGACUUCCUCAGUUACAACAUCUAUCUUACGCGCUGGAAAGACACUGAGGCCGCCCACAUCAGAGUUCAAUAUGAGGCAGAGAAUGACCCCAUCACCGGGCUAAAGCAGAAGACUUGCUACGGAAAACCCAACUGGGACAAUGAAUUCACUGCCAUUGCUACCCAACACCCAGGUUCAAAAGUAGGAGUGUUUCUAUGUGGUCCAACGGCACUGGCUAAAACUCUGGGGAAACAGUGCCGUACACACACCGAGUCUGAGUUUAUAUUCAACAAGGAAAACUUCUGAUCGACACCAUUUCGACAACAUUACAAUGUG